AUGAGCAUGAUUUUGUUUAAGAUCACGCAGUUUAGGUUGAGCAGAGUCCAAUUGUUCAUUGCUACUCUGGUUUGCUUUGAUUUUGUUGCAAACCAAGCAGCCGAUUCGUCAGUGGAAACUGCAAGUUUAGCAGAUUCCUCAGCUGCAUCCUUUCCUCUUCCUCUUCGAGUUGAACCCAAGCCAAAGAGUGGAAUCAGACAGCAAGAUUUGCUGAAAAAAGUUGUGGAAGUUAAACCCAAACGCCCCAAAAUUUCAUCCCCCUCCAGCUCUGAGCCUGAAGGGAAUCAAUCCAAUUUACAAUCUCAGGGGCAGGAGUCCAACCAUGAGAAGAAGAUUGAGCAUUGUGUUUCGGAAUCAAAUACAGCAGAAAAGCAGAAUAAGGUGGAAAAGUCUACCAAAUCCUUACUAGGCUUAGCCUAUGCAAGUUCUGAUGAUGAUGAUGAUGAUUGA